AUGCCGUACAUCUGGCUAAUCACCGGCUGCUCGUCCGGCUUCGGUAGGGAGAUUGCCCUGGCCGCAGCCCAGGCUGGCGACACGGUCGUCGCCACGGCCAGAGAUGCAUCCAAGCUCGCCGACCUUAGCACGGAGGCGCAGGGCGAAGGCAAGAUCAUUACGAGGCGUCUUGACGUCCUGGCCAAAGACGAAGAGAUGAAGGCUACCAUUGACGAGAUUGUUGCCACUGUCGGAAGGCUUGAUAUACUUGUCAACAAUGCCGGAUACGUGCUGGAGGGUGCCAUCGAAGAGUGCAGCUACGAGGAAGUCGACGCGCAAUUCGCCACCAACGUCUUCGGGCAGCUCAACGUGCUGCGGGCGGCGGUGCCGCACAUGCGCUCGCAGCAGCAGCCGGCGGGCGGCGUCAUCGCCAACCUGGGGUCCAUCGGCGGGUGGCGCGGCACGCCGGCGGCGGGCGUCUACUGCGCGACCAAGGCGGCCAUCGCCGUCUACUCGCAGUCGCUGCGCGCCGAGCUGGCGCCCUUCGGCAUCGACGUCACCUGCGUCGAGCCGGGCUACUUCCGCACGCGCCUGCUCACCGGCGCCAACAAGACGGCCGCCCGCAACCGCAUCCCCGAGCUCGACGAGGCCACGCGCGCCACCCGCGAGGCCUUCGCCCGCGUCAGCGAGAGGCAGCCCGGCGACCCCGCAAAGGGCGCCAGGGUGCUGGUCGACGCCUUGACCAAGAGGGGCAGGUGCCGCGACAUGCCCCCGCUGCCGCCGCGUUUGGCCUUGGGGAGCGAUGCUGUGCAUGUCAUUGCCGGCGUGUUGGACGAGAGUAAGAGGGAUCUGGAGGCGUGGAGGGAUAUCGUGUCACAGACGGACUGUGACGAUGUUGCUGGUUGA